AUGGAUUGGGACUGGGAUGUGGACUACCUGUCCUAUAUGCAAAUCGAAGAUAUGAUCAAAGCUCAAGGGUAUUGUAACAUAAAGUGUGUGUGGUAUUUGAAUCCAAACUUGUCAUUUUCCCGUGGACUUAGGUCGUUGAACAAUGAUAGCGACGUGUUAAGGUUUGUGGAAGACGUUAGAGGAUUUAAAGUCGUUGACAUUUACGUUGAGCACAAGGUUGAAGAAAAUGUGGAGGAAGUAAAUGUGGAGGAAGUAAAUGUGGAGGAGGAUGUAAAUGUGGAGGUUGAGGUUAAUAAUGAGGAGGUGGAGGUUAAUAAUGAGGAGGCUGCAAAUCCCGAGCAAAAUGUGGAUGUGGAAGUUGAUAAUGAACAGGAAAAUGUGGAGGAUGUAAAUGAAGAUGAAGAGGAAAAUGUGGAUAAUGAGGAGGAUGUAAAUGAAGAGGAAAAUGUGGAGGAUGCAAAUGAGGAGGAAAAUGUGGAGGAUGCAAAUGAGGAGGAAAAUGUGGAGGAUGCAAAUGAAGAUAGUGAAUCUGAUCCCGAUUAUAAAAUGAGCAGUGAGGAAGAUGAGGAUGAUGAUGAAGUUGUUUUUGAUGAGUUGGAUUUAGGUACUGAUGCUGGAAUUGAUUGGACCACAAUUCUCCCUACGGUUCCAACACAAAACUCUUCAAGGAUCGAUGUCACUUCUGAUAAUGACAGUUGUGAUUCAGAAGUACUUCGUACUCCACCGGAUAGUGAUGCCGAAGAUGCGAUAAAGGAGUAUCCAACUUUUAAGAAAGAUACAAAAUUUGAAUUAGGGAUGAUGUUCAAGGAUAAAGAUCAAAUCAAAGAUGCCAUCAAGGAGUUUGCAUUGGAGAAAAACAAGAGUUUUGUGAUCAAGAAAAAUGACAAGAGGAGAGUUGUUGUCAAAUGUAUUGAAGGAUGUCCAUUUCAUAUUAGGUUUAGCAAGAGGUCUACCAACCAAUUUUGGCAAGUUGUUAGCUUCGUUGAUCAACAUACUUGUCAUAGGACAUCCAAGAAUAGACAAGCGACAACACAAUGGUUAGCUCGCAAAUUUGUGGAUACUUUAAGGCACACUCCUGAAAUGAAAAGUAAAGGCCUGGUUGCAGAAGGUCUUCAAAGGUGGGGGGUAAAGUUGUCAAACCAUCAAGCAUAUAGAGCCAAGAGGAAGGCAAUAGAAUUGAUUCAAGGUCCUGUAUUUGAAAGAAUAUACGUAUGCUUAGAAGCUUGUAAGGCAGCGUUUGCAACUACGUGUAGACCUUUAAUUGGAUUGGAUGCCUGUUUUCUAAAAGGGGAAUAUGGAGGUCAGUUAAUAGGUGUUGUUGGUAAGGAUGGAAAUAACAAGAUUUAUCCAGUUGCUUAUGCCGUCGUCGAAGCUGAAACGAAGGACUCUUGGCAAUGGUUUCUGAAGCUAUUACUUGACGACUUAAAUUCCGUGCAAGAAAUGGAUUAUGGAUUUAUAUCUGAUCAACAGAAGGGUUUGGUAUCGGCUAUUCUAGAGACAAGCCAAAAUGUUGAACAUCGACUGUGUGUUAAACACUUAUAUGGCAAUUGGAGGAAGAAAUAUCCUGGGAUAAUAAUGAAGGAAGCACUAUGGAGGGCAGCUCGGGCCACAACAAUACCUGGAUGGCAAAGAUAA